CGGAAGCUGUCAUCUUCUCGCGAUGUUUUUUGUUGUUAUUGAUUCGAAACAUGGCGUCCGAGGUAGAGGCGGGCAUUGCUACUGCAGCCGAACCUGAGUCCGGAGAAGGGGAAACUGCAUUUGGAGUGCUACCGACCAUGGAGACUGAAUCAUCUAAUGGCAAAGAGGAGGCAGCUGGUGAAGGCUCAGAGGCUGCUGACGCUCUCACUGGGUCAGGAGAUGAGGAAAGUGGCAGGCAGCUGGGAGAGGUGGAGCUGCAAUGUGCUUUGUGCAUGAAGUGGUUCACCGCUGACACAUUUGGCAUCGGCACAGAGACCUGUCUGCCCUUUAUGACCAAUUAUGUGUUUCACUGCAACGUGUGCCAUCACAGUGGUAACACAUAUUUUCUCAGGAAACAAGCAAACCUGAAAGAGAUGUGUCUCACAGCUCUUGCUAACCUGACAUGGAGAUCCAGAACACAAGACGAGCAUCCAAAGACCAUGUUCUCUAAAGACAAGGAUAUCAUCCCAUUUAUUGACAAGUACUGGGAGUGCAUGACAACUCGACAAAGACCCGGGAAGCUCACCUGGCCAAACAAUAUAGUGAAGACGAUGUGCAAAGAGCGCGAUGUUUUCCUGGUGAAGGAACACCCUGAUCCAGGCAGUAAAGACCCUGAAGAGGAGUACCCUAAAUUUGGCCUUUUGGACCAGGACCUGGGAAACAUUGGACCCUCAUAUGACACACAGAAACAGACUACUGGUACUCCCAUGGCUGGUGGGCUCAAUGGUGGAUCUUCUUUCUCAGGUGCUUUGGCCCCUGGCCCAGGAAAAGGAAGAGGUGCCAAACGUAAACAACAGCAGCAACAAGAGGGGACAGCUGCAGGAGCAGCUAAGAGAACUAGGAGCGACCCUCUGUUCUCUGCUCAGCGGCUGCCUCCUCAUGGUUACCCACUGGAGCACCCAUUUAAUAAAGAUGGCUACCGUUAUGUCCUAGCAGAACCAGACCCGCAUGCUCCAGACCCAGAGAAGCUCGAGUUGGACUGUUGGGCAGGCAAACCCAUACCUGGUGAUCUGUACAGAGCCUGUCUGUAUGAGAGAGUGCUACUGGCCUUACAUGACAGAGCGCCUCAGUUGAAGAUCUCUGAUGACCGCCUGACAGUGACUGGGGAGAAGGGUUAUUCAAUGGUCCGAGCUUCCCAUGGCGUCCGGAAAGGCGCCUGGUACUUUGAGGUGUCUGUUGAUGACAUGCCUCCAGAGACCGCAGCCAGACUUGGCUGGUCUCAACCACUUGGUAACCUGCAGGCGCCUCUGGGUUAUGACAAGUUCAGCUACUCUUGGCGCAGUAAGAAAGGGACGCGGUUUCACCAGUCAAUAGGAAAACAUUAUUCCUCAGGCUACAGUCAGGGAGACACACUGGGCUUCUUCAUAGAGCUGCCUGAAGACACAGAGACAGCGAAGGCUCUGCCUGAUACAUACAAGGACAAGGCACUAAUUAAGUUUAAGAGUUACCUGUACUUUGAGGAGAAGGACUAUGUGGACAAAGCAGAGAAAAGCCUCAAGCCAAUGAGUCCCAGCAGGAUGAUUUUCUACAAAAAUGGAGUGAACCAAGGUGUUGCCUUUGAAAACCUGUUUGAGGGCAUCUACUUCCCUGCCAUCUCACUAUACAAGAGCUGCACAGUUUCUGUCAAUUUUGGACCCCACUUCAAAUACCCUCCAAAGGAUGUCAAGUACCAGCCGAUGAGUGACAUGGGCUGGGGAGCUGUGAUCGAACACACUCUGGCUGACAUGCUGUACCAUGUGGAGACUGAUGUGGAUGGACGACGUAGUCCUCCAUGGGAGGGAUGAAAACAUUGAACUGACUAUACACACACCCCUGAGUCAAAAACGUUGUUCAACCUUUAGAUAGCCAAAAUGAAAACACUUCAUGCCUGCAUUAAACUGUAGGUCAAAUAAGCAGCAUUUCAGCUCUUGCAAUAUUAAAAUAUCGUCAGCAGUAUGGGCUGAAUGAAUUCUUCCUAGACAUAAAACAUUUAAAAUGACACCGAACUGUGGGCUGCAUAUCAUUGUUACCAUAGGGCGAAGUUCCAUAUCAGGCUUUUCUGAAUUAGUUUACUUAUGGUGCUCCGGUUUCAAAUGUGUAUAAUUUAAAGUUGUUAUGCUUUAGAAAGGUUUUAGUUCAACACAUUUUUGGCACCAUGAAGUUGUGUGUGUUGUUGCAGCCAAACAGAGCCAAUUCACCAUUUCACUUAUUGUCUAAAUGAAAGUCUUUGUUAUUGUCUCUUUUGGGUGAAUUUUAUUUGUUUGUGUUUUUUUUUACACUGGGUUAAAUUUAAUUAAAAAAUCCCACAUCCAAGUUGA